AUGAAUGGCACAGUAUCAUCGACCAAGUACAGUAUUCAGACAGAGUCUUCAAGCAGUGAUGACCCAAACAUCAACCAUUGCCAUGGGCCUGUUAUUGCAAACAAUACAGCACAAACGAAACGUACACUUCUCUGGGCUAGUUUACUAUGCUUUUUAUUCAUGAUCUGUGAAAUUGUAGAGAUGCUUGGGGCCUUAUUUUCUGUGUUCUUCAUUUGGUUGGUAACUGGCUUCUUAGUGUACUUUGCUGUUGAACGUGUGAAGACCAACAAUUACGAGAUAAAUGCCACAGUCAUGCUGGCCACUUCUGCAGUUGGAGUAAUCAUUAAUGUAAUCAUUGGAUUUGUUCUUCAUAAAGGCCAUAAUCACAAUCAGUUGAGCCCAUCUGAUCAACAGACUGUAGAUGAAGAGCAAGCACUGAUCACUCAGCAAACAAGCUAUGGCUCUAUGGUUUCCACAAGACAGAAUCAAGCUCUUCCUGAGGUUAAAGUUCAGCAAAAGAAUAUUAAUAUCAAAGCAGCACUUAUCCAUGUUAUAGGUGACCUUUUGCAAAGUGUUGGUGUUUUAAUUGCUGCUUUUGUUAUUUAUUUUAAGCCACAAUAUAAAAUUGCUGACCCAAUUUGUACUUUCCUCUUUUCCUUCUUUGUGAUUCUGUCAACGGCUUCAAUUCUCAAGGAAAUUAUUAACGUUCUUAUGGAAGGUGUGCCUUCUAAUAUAAAAUUUUCCGAAGUAAAAGAAAAAUUAUUGACAGUGCCAAACGUCAGAGAUGUGCAUAACUUGCGACUUUGGUCACUUACAACGAGUAAAUUUGCUUUAGCAGUACAUUUGGCAAUUGAUAAGGAUUCCAAUGCAAUCCAAAUAAUAAAAGAUGCUUCUAAGGCAGUGACUGAAGAAUUUGGAUUGAUGGAAGUGACAGUUCAAGUUGAAGAAUAUGAAGACACUAUGGAAGAUUGCAAACAGUGCCAAGACCCAAAGGAUUAG